AUGGGAUCAAGGUUUGAUAUGGCGGUUGAUAUGGACCCCAAUGCCCUUACUGAAUAUGCAGAGAACAUUUUGAAGACAAGAAGUGAUGAUUCAAGGUUCUGCCAUGUCACUGUAUGUGGAGGGGGUGAGUUUGAGGUGAGGGAUGGUCAUGUCAAGUUCCCUGUCACACUCACUAGAAUGAGUUGUGGAUGUGGGACAUGGCAGGGGUCUGGCAUACCAUGCAAGCAUGGAUUGAGGGUCAUAUACAACCAAAGAUUGAACCCUGCCAACUAUGUGUCUGCAUACUUCAAGGGGGCAGCUUAUAAGGUCACUUAUGCUCACCAUGUCCAUCCAAUGGCUAACCAUACACAAUGGCCUUCAUUCAAUGUCCCUCAAAUCAACCCUCCAACUAUCAAGAGAAGUGCAGGGAGGCCUGCCAAGCAGAGGAAGAGGGGUCCAAGUGAAGCAAGAAAGGGUAAGAGGCAUAAGAACAACAAAUGCAGCAUCUGUAAAGAGUUGGGUCACAAUGUGAAGACUUGCAAAAGUAAGAGCCAAGCUGGAAGUUUAUCUGCAAGCCAACAAGGCAGGGGGAAGAAAAGAAAGGCUGCUCAGGCAAGCUCUUCACAACAAGCUGAGGGAAGAAAAACCAGGAGGUCAACAAAGGCUAACUAG